AUGGCCGAUUCCCACCGGUGCACCAGCGUCGCCGCCGAGCUGGAGGGCACGCUCUUCAUCUCCGGCAGCCUCUUCCCGUACUUCCUCCUCGUCGCCCUCGAGGCCGGCGGUCCGCUCAGGGCCGCCGCCCUGCUCGCCGCCUACCCUCUCGCCGCGCUCCUCGGCGCCGCCUUCUCGUCGGACGACCUCCCCCUCCUCGCCAUGACCUUCCUGUCCACCGCCGGCCUCGCCGCCGGCGACGUCGCGGCGGUGGCGAGGGCCACGCUGCCCAGGUUCUUCCUCGCGGACCUCCGGCGCAGCGCGUUCCGUGCCAUGACGGCGGCGCGCCACGGCGGCGAGAGGUACGUCGUCACGCGCCUCCCGAGGCUCAUGGCGGAGCCGUUCGUCAGGGAGUACCUCGGCGCCGACGUCCGCGUCGUCGGCGCGGAGCUCCGGGUCGUCGGGGGCCGGUUCUCCGGCACCAUGGCCUCGCCGGGCGUCGCCGCCGGCGGUGACCGGAGCCUGGGAGCUCUGCUGGCCGUUCUCGGGCGCGACCGGCCGAUCGUCGACGUCGGGCUGUGCACCGGCGCGGCCGGAGACCGCCGGCAACCGGCGUUCUUGCAGGUGUGUCAGGAGCGCCGCGCGGUGUCGGCGCCGGAGAAGUCGCAGGCGACGCCGCUGCCUCGGAGCGAGUACCCGCGGCCGCUGGUCUUCCACGACGGCCGCCUCGUCCGCCGGCCGGAGCCGCUCGCUUUCCUCGCCAUCCUCCUGUGGGUCCCCCUCGGCGUGGUCCUCUCCACGCUUAUGGACCCGGUGAUCCUCUCGACGGUGCUCCGGCGGAAGGUGACGGCGGUGACGUACAGCCUCGCCGGCUUCUCGGAGCUGAUCGCGCCGAUCCCGACCGUCCGGCUGACGCGCGACCGCCGCCGGGACAGCCGGAUCAUGCGGUCCGAGCUGGAGCAAGGCGACCUCGUGGUGUGCCCGGAGGGGACCACCUGCCGGGAGCCGUACCUGCUCCGGUUCAGCCCGCUCUUCGCCGAGAUCGCCGGCGGCGAGGUCACGCCUGUCGCCGUCCGCGCCGGCGGCGCCAUGUUCCACGGCUCGACGGUGAGGGGGCACAAGUGGCUGGACUCCGUCUUCUUCCUCAUGAACCCAGCGCCGUGGUACGAGAUCCGGCUCCUCGCGCCGGUGCCCACCGGCGGCGGCGGAGGCGCGUCGAGUUCGAGCCGCGACGUGGCGAACGGCGUCCAGCGCAUGAUCGGCGACGAGCUCGGGUUCGAGUGCACCGAGCUGACGCGCAGGGACAAGUACCGGAUGAUCGCCGGCCACGACGGCGUCGACGCGAGGUCGCCGUCGUCGUCGUCGUAG